UUGUUUUGUUUUUAGGCGACACUACGUCUAUCUUGCAGGCUAAGAAUUGUGAUGUGAUACAGAACUGUAGAAAUGGAUCCCUUAACUUUGGCGUUUUUAGGUCAAAAGUAUCCAUGCAGUGCUGUAACACAGACCUUUGUAAUAGCAUAAAUGUCCCAGAUUACAUCUCUAACAGCGGCAAUGGAAAACAAUGUUACUACUGUAAUGGGAAGAGUUGUUGGAACACUUUAAGGUGUUUAGGAAAUGAAGACUACUGCGUUACAGGAACAGCAAAUAUUACAUUUCUGCCAACAACUGUAAAGGGAUGUACCACUAAAUCUAUCUGUGAUGAGGUAUCACAAGCGCCUUCAGGUUUCAUGGGCUUAUCAUGCUGUCAGGGGAAUCUGUGUAACGGUGCUAAGAGCAUCACACAAAACCUCCUCUUUCUCUCCUGGCCGCUCUUCUUUUACAUCCUGAUCCACUAAAUUCAACUUUACAGCAUGAAAAGUAAAAAUGACCACAUCACUGAAACAACAGAAUUUGACAUAUUUUGGAACAGUGCUUAACACAUUUAUUAGACCACCACCCAAUGUAAGGUUUGUGCCACAGCUGCUCAUUUGUUUAUGUUUCUGUAUUAGUAAUCUUUAAUCACAGUAAUAUUUCUAAUGCUAAAAUAAAAUUAUUGUUGUUAUUUACUUGCAGUCCUUAAUAGGAAACUAGAUUUUAAUAGUUCAAUGUUACACUUGAUUUAUUUCUGACUUCUGAGAAAAGUUGAAGUCACAUUUGGGUAUAAAAACACAAUUCAAUUUGACAUUCAUUAAUCGUGUUUAAAAUUAUGAAACAUGAAGAACUUUAUAAAAAGGAAAGAGUUUACAUUAAAGCACUUUGUGAUGCUGGAUGAUUUUUGAGACAAAUAGACAGUGGUCUAUUUGUUUAGCAUUGUAGAUUUAUUUUCAUUGUAUUACUUGUGUUACUGUAUGUAUUGUUAAGGAAAGAUAUAUAUGAAUAAUAAAAUAUAACUUUUAAAAUUGUG